GACAGCUACUUUCUCCUGAUAUCCAUCAAAGGUUGGAAUCUGACUCUCCUUGACCAGCAUUGAUAGCUGAGGAGAGGGAGGUGUUCCUGGGAGCCAAUAUGUUAGAGAACUGGGCGGAUCUCCCGAGCUGAUCCCUCAGAAAGCCUUGUGGUCCCUUGAGCUCUGGCAACAGAACAGCAGUACUGGCAUCAACUAUACCUCUGCUCCUCUGAGCUCUUCUUUUCACUGCCCCAGAGGCUCUGUGUCACCCUUGCUUGCUGUAAAGAGCAGGAAAGGGAAAAAACAAGCAGGGCGAGUGACCAAGAAGGAAGAGGGAGAGAAAAGACAUCGUUUCUAAGAGUUCUGCAAGUUUUUGGCAUCUCCUCUCUUAGCCAAAACUAGAGCCUUGCUCUCAGUACCAUGGACAGCGAUACCGGCACUAUUCUGGGACACAUUGAUGCUGCUGCUUUUUUGCACAUCUGGCAGCGCUUUGACAGGGAUGAUAAUGGAUACAUAGAAGGGAAGAAACUUGAUGAUUUCUUUCAUCACCUGAUGAAGAAGAUGGGCACAGAGGAAGCUAUGACCAAAGAGAGACUUCAAGAAGUGAAAAAACAUGUCAUGGCUGCCUGUGGCAUCUCUGAAGAUGGACAGCUACAGAUACAGGAGCUUGCCAAGAUCAUCUUGCCAGAAGAUGAAAACUUUCUCCUGCUCUUUCGCCGAGAAACUCCCUUGGAUAACAGUGUGGAGUUUAUGCAAAUUUGGCGCAAAUAUGAUGCUGAUAGCAGUGGAUUUAUCUCAUCUAUGGAGCUGCAGAAUUUUCUUCGUGAUCUCUUCCAACAUCACAAGAAGACCAUUCCUGAGGCCAAACUAGGUGAAUAUACUGAUACAAUGAUGAAGAUCUUUGACAAAAACAAAGAUGGCCGGUUGGAUCUGAAUGACUUAGCAAGGAUUCUGGCUCUCCAGGAAAACUUCCUGCUUCAAUUUAAAAUGGAUGCCUGUAGUACUGAAGAAAGAAUGAGGGAUUUUGAGAAAAUAUUUGCUCACUAUGAUGUUAGUAAAACUGGAGCCCUGGAAGGUCCAGAAGUGGAUGGAUUUGUCAAAGAUAUGAUGGAACUUGUCAAGCCCAGCAUCAGUGGAGUAGACCUGGACAAGUUUCGAGAGAUUUUGCUCCGUCACUGCGAUGUAAACAAGGAUGGGAAAAUUCAGAAGUCUGAGCUGGCUUUGUGUCUUGGUUUAAAAGUCAGCCCCUAAUUGUCAGUGACUUUGGUCCUGUGCUUUGAGUGUAUUUGUGUGUCAGCCCCCACUGGUAGAAUUGUGUCUAAUCUUCGCUAACAGUAUUUACGUGGGUAUCAUGUAACUUCCCACAAAAGUUCAGGGGCAGUAAUGAGCUGGAUUAGGGAGAGGCAUCAAAAGAGCCUUCUUGGCAAGGAUGAGACAAUGGUUCAAGGCAUGGAGGGAAGUCAUCCAAAGAAUUGCUAUCACUUUUAUAAAUCAAUAUCAGCAAGACAAAACUUUCCUGCCUGUCACAGAUUCAUCUGGCCCACAAUGCCUGCCUUCCUGGCCAACUUGCUAUCACUCACUCAGUCCUGGGGGGAGGUAUUUCCUGAGCAUUGGCUGCUUGUCCCCUUGUGCUAAGCUUGUCAGGCAUUCCCAGCUUCCUGUGAAGAUUAAAUUGAUGUGCUGUGUGAAUAUGUGUUCUGUCAUUUGUGCAAAUAAAUUUGGAAGUGAAAAUAAACCCUGAGCUAGAUUAAAAAAAGAAAA